AUGGUCCGCGACCGACUGUCUACCUACCUCGAAAUACAGAACACCUUCGGAGACACCAUUUACGGCUUCCGCCCACACCGGUCUGCACAAGAUGCUCUGCGCCAACUCCAUCGGGAGAUCCUGGCUCCGGUCGAACACCCCAGCGACCAUAAGGUAGUUCUUGCCUUGGACUUAAAGGGGGCGUUUGACAACGUGACCCACGAGCUCAUCCUUACACACCUGUCCCAUACAGACUGUGGAUACAACACAUUUCAAUACAUACGACAAUUCCUGACGGACCGGCAUUCCUACAUUCGUCUGCAACACUCAGAACCUGGCCCGUACCAGCUUGGUACGCGAGGGACGCGACAGGGAGCGGUUCUCUCGCCACUCCUCUGCAACUUGGCCAUGGUCAGGCUCCCUACCCUACUGAGUGCGGUCCCCGGCGUGCCGCACGCUCUGUACGCUGACGACGUCCCUCUGUGGGCAACAAAUGGUUUAGUAGGAGACAUCGAGACCAACCUGUACCAAGCGGCGCCUAUUGUGGACGAAUACGCACGCCGCUGCGGUCUUGAAUGCUCCCCGAGCAAAUCGGAAGUCGUGCACCUUCGGCCCAAUCCGAAAUGCACAACCAAAAUCGAUCUCUUCCUGCUUAGCGGUCCAAUCCCCGAACACGAGGAGAUACGAGUAUUGGGACUCUUUAUUCACCAGAACUGCAAGAUUGAUACAACUCUCCAAAAGCUCCACAAGGUGGGGGACCAAGUGGGCCGCAUGGUCCGCCGGGUAUCAUCCAACAACCGGGGGGGGGGUUACGAUGCAAAGACGCCCUGCGGCUGGCGAAUGCGUUCGUGA